AUGACAGCUGGGGGGGAGGGGCUUCCCAUCUACCCCCCCCCAUACCCUGCUGUGGUGGAAUCCACAGAGGAGUUCCAUUUUGUGGAGCGGCUGGUGCCCCCUGCCUGCGUCCCUCCCCCACCCCAGCACCCCUCCUACCCCACGCCGUCAGGGUGGACCCCCCCACAAGUGCCCCCCCCCUCCCUGCCGUACCACGUGGGCCGCUCCCGCAUGCACAACCUGCCCCUGUACCGCAGGGUGACCAAGGGGAGCCGCCGCAUCACCGAGCUGCGCCACAUCCGAGGGGACAUUUGGGCACUGGAGAAGGAACUGAGGGAAUUUGUGGGGCAGCGUGUGGGGAAGGAGCCACUGACCCAGGUGAAUGAGGUGACUGGAACGCUGCGCCUCAAAGGGCACGUGGACAGCGAGGUGCGAGCGUGGCUGCUGCUCAAGGGGUUCUGAUGGCCUCCAGUGAACCCGGGGGGGGGCAAAAUGAACAUGGGGGGCAUCAAAAUGCACCUGGAGGGCAACAAAUUGACCCCAGAAGGCCCUGAAAUGCACCUGGAGGGCACCAGAACAAAUCUGGGGGGCAUCAAAAUGUCCCCAGGGGCACUGAAAUGCAUCUGGAAGGCACCAAAAUGCCCCCAGUGGACCCCAAGAUUCAGUCGAAGGGCCCAGAAUGCCCCAGAGGGCCCCCAAAAUACACCUAGGGGACCCCAAAAUUACCCCAGGGGGGAAAAUGGGACAACCCCUCUGUGUGAUGGGUGACGAAAUGGAAUAAAAGGUGUUGAGGA